AUGAUCGCCGUCGCACGACAGGAGUGGUCACAGUCCGCGCCAGAUAGAAACUUUGCUCGGGUUCAUGCCCUCUGGGGGCUCUGCGACUUGAUGCGCAUGGGAAAUGCGUCUGAGAGAAGGGAAGUGUUGCAGAGCAUGUUGCAAGAGGGGAUUGUGAACUUGCGCCUUGAGCUUUUGAGGCAUCUACUAUGCGUCAUGCAGCAGACGGCUUUCAAAGUCAUACGCUCGCUUUCUACAAAAUCCUUCCUCGGCGAAUAUGUUACUCCAGCAACGGUGGCUGAGAUUACGGAGGCGGUUUCCGUAUGCAUCUACACUGGGCCGGAUAGAAUCGUUAAUCAAGUUCUCGAUCCUGAAACGACAUGGCAGAGCCCGAUGUUACUGGAGAGACCUACUACCCCCUACACCUCACAGAUGGGCACGGAGAAUUGUGUCAAGGACUGUACUCGGUCUCAUUCCAUGUGCCAAGAAAGCGUUGCGUGGAUUAUGCACGGUAUUUUGCGCACGUCGCCACCACAGCCCCCGGAGUUCUGUUUCGAAAUCCUCAGGAAACGACCGCGGAUCCUCGACAACCUAUUUGAUUGCGCAAUUCUCGAACGCCCUGCCAUGUACCCGGAGACUUUAAUCGCUCAGAUUGCCUGCGAAACGCUCGCCCUGCUAUUUCGUUGGCCAGACCACGUCGUCCCAGAUGUUAACGGUCCCUCAGACAAAGGUUUCAUAGUACACUCUUGGAAAGCCAUGUCACAAGCACUGACGAUUCUCACGUCACGUCCGGACUGGGUCGAUAUGAUCAUCGAAGUGUGGAUGCAUGACCAGGAGGAGGAUAUGCAGAGAGUUCGCCGGCAAUGGGAUAACAUGUUUGUCGAUCACCGUCCGAUGGUUACGCAGAAAGACAGAGACUUUAACCUUUUACUCAAAAAGCGAGAAAUCGUUCGCCUUUGCCUCCUCCGUGUGAUCACCACUCUCACACAUGCUGCUGAUGUCUGCAGCAUCUCAAAUUCCCAGAUCGAGUCAUUCUUACACAUUGCCUACUCAGGCUGCCUCAAAGUCGGUGGCACCGUGCUCGACGGAGAUCCUUCUGUUGUGAUCGAGGACCCCCAAGAGCUCUUUCGCCAGCCGGAAUGGACUGUGCUCACGAACGCAGAUUUCGAGAGCCCGCUCUAUAUCGCACCCGAGUAUGUCCUCGGCCCGACUGCGCUAGUACGCUUGUACAGCGUACUUGCGCAGCGCGGAGCUUUGGACGACAUUCAGGUGCUACAGAAGCCUCCAAAUGGCCUUUCUUCGUUUACGUCACUGCGGCAUAUACAGCAGAUAACACACCCAAACAUCAUCCGCCGUGUUAUCUCCAUAUCGCAGUUGUGCGUGGAGAUGCGACUAGACCAGGGCCGUCAGCGGUUUGCAGCCAUCGAGAAUAACAGUGUGGAAAUCCGCGAUGCGUGCGCCAUGUUCAUGAGCGCAGCAGAGCUGGCGGCUGCACUUAUUGCGUUUGACACCUCGCUUGUCUCAAACGACAAAUCGAAGGGUAAGAUACACUAA